AUGGACGGCGCGGCGCAGAAUCGACCCACCCAGCCUGCGCCGCAGCAGCAGGCAUCCCUGAUUCGGCCUGAGCAAGUUCAGAGACUGCCUCAGCUUAAUCCGACCCAGAAACAGCAGUUCGAACAAGGCGUGAGGAGAUUCUGGGAGAUUUUGAACACCACGCCUCAAACAGAUCCCAAAUAUACUGAGGCAUACACAAACCUUGUCAAGACCUCGAGCCAACUCAUGGCGGGCAUGAAACAGUGGCAGCAGCGAAAGCAGAUGGCUCAACAACACGCAGCUCAACAACAGACCUCGGUUCAGGCGCAGACACAGGUACAAACACAAGCACAGGGACAGGGACAGGGACAGGCACCAAGGGCGACGGGCCAACCUGCCCAACCACAAGCGGCCGCAGCACAAGGUCAGGGCGGAGGCAGCGCUGUACAAUUCAGUCAGCUCUUGCCCGAGAUCCAACGCAAAGUAAACGAGCAGCACUUUUAUUACCCGCCGGCAAUGACAAAGGGGAGUGAACCUGCGGAAGUGUGGUUACGCGAGGCAAAGGCCAGGUUGGGUCAAGCAUUGCAAAGACUUCAAGUUGCCAAGCAGAAGAAGGCCGAAUUUCAGCGACAGGCUCAGCAGCGCCAAGCAGCAGGGAAUCCGUUGACUGCAAACGAAACGGAAGUUUACAACAAUAAGAUUGCGCAGUGCGACCGGGCGGUCAAUGAGAGCACCUCAUUUAUGAAGAAAUUCAAUGAGCAGCAGGAACAAUUUCGAGCCGCGCAGCCUCAACACCAGUUCUCAAAACAGGGUGUACCCGUUGGUGAGGGAGCAGAAACUCCUGCCGCACCCCAUAUGCAACCUGGUAUUCAAGCCCCUACUGCCCAUUCCAUCAGCAGUGCUGUUUCGGCCGCACGUAACCAAGCAAGCGCCGCACAAGCAGGCAGCCCGACUGCACCUGCACCUCAAGUCGGUCAAGGCAGUGGUGCAGUCACUCAACAUACGCUCAUUACAGGGACUCAGACACAGUUCCCCCAAGCCGGCCAGGGGGAUACAUCUGCAGGCCCUCGCCCAACAUCCCAUCAAGGUCAAGCUAUGCCUCCUUUACAACAAGCUGCGUCUGCGGGCUCUCAUCUUCACCCACUCAACACCAGCAUCAACGGCAUCAAGACUGCUACGCCCAAUAUUACCAAAAAUUUGCAAGUUCCUGAGCCUAAACCCGUGGCAAUGCCUCCAUCUCGACCAACUUUGACCGGUGGCGCCGGGGUGGGACUGCCUGGUCAGCUGGCGCAGCCCGCCAUCACCGCAUUGCCUGGGUAUGUACUGGAGUCGAGCGAAGAUGGGCGAAUUCUAUCCAAAAAGAAAUUGAACGAAUUGGUACGCGAGGUUUGCGGCCCAGGCCCAGACGAGCAGCUCGACCCUGAAGCCGAAGAAAUCUUUCUCUCAAUUGCCGACGAUUUCGUUGACGAACUUGUCUCAUCAGCGUGUAAGCUUGCAAAGCUCCGUGGCUCGUCAAGUCUAGAGCUGCGCGACAUUCAAAUCGUUCUCGAACGCCAAUACAAUAUUCGUGUGCCGGGGAUUUCAACCGAUGAGAUUCGAACCGUACGAAGACCACAACCUGCGCCAGGGUGGGCACACAAAAUGAGUGCUGUUCAAGCCGCCAAACUAACAGGAGGUGGAACUGCUACGGCUGCGACUGGCACAAAUGGAAAGGAGAACUGA